AUGCGACCAUCUGCACAGAGUGUGCGAACAACUCCUGCGCCUGGGAGCGGUGCAUGCGCCCUUGCUAGGGAGAGCUCGUCCCUCGAAGAGAUCGCUUUGAGCGCACAAAGGACCAACCAAGGGGCGUGCACAGCCUGCUCCAACUCUGUAAAGCCCUUCCUGCUCUACGGCGGCUGCUCCGAGGACAGGCUCUACAUCUGCUCAAGACCCUGCUCAGAAAGCGGGUCGAAUGCUUGCGAACAGUGGAGCAGUGCUUCCGGGUGGAUCUUCUCUAAGAAUGCGGGAGCAAUGGAGACCGAUAUCUGUGCGAUGACGCUCCAAAUGGGGGCAUUUCUGGCUGUGCCACGUGUAGGUACAAUAACGGUGUGA